AUGGAAUUCUUGUCAUUGGGUCUUUCACCAGGGUCUAGGAAGUCAAUUAAGGUCAUUAAAGAGAUCAAUAACAACAAUCGAAUCUCUCUAUCCAUCAAACAAAAAGUAAAUGAUUUAAAUUUGCUUACGAAAUCUUUCGUGUCUGAGCAAUUGUCGCAAUAUGAUGAGGCAACAAUUUCAUUAGCCAAACAGGAUUCAGCCAGUUUCAAUGCUAUACAAGAGGCAUUUGGUGAGUUAUACUUUUUACUUGACUGUGAAAACUUUAAAUUUGAGAAAUUCUCUACUGUGGGGUUGCCCAAGGUGAAGCAGAUCUACCAAAAGUUUGCUAAUUAUGAUUCUUCUGCACCUGGUGUUUCUACUCAAUUGAACCAGGUGAAUGGUACUGCAGUUGAGUUAGUGAAUAAUUACAUGGUCUUGCUCCUGACUUUAAACUUGUCAAGCUCUUUAAUCUACAAAACAUUAGUGUUAAAGAAUCAGCAAGUGUAUUGGGAGAGCAUUCACAGCUCCACUUACAAUAAACUUAUAUAUUUCAUCCAGAUCUCACCAGUUCGAUUAUUCAAGUUUGUCCGAAUUUAUGGAACAUGGACUUUAAUCAAAUAUUACACAACUGCAUUGUAUCGCGUGAUGGGUAGAUCUGUCAAUGCUAUGUUUGUGAAGGAAGUUCCUUCAGUCUCGUUCCUAAACUUGUCGAAAUCAGCCAGAUCUUUGACUUGGUAUAAGAAUGCUUUCAAGUUUAUUAUUAGAUUCCCUAUAAUUACCGCAAACAAUGACAUCAAAACUAAGCUUAAGAUAAUUAACCAAGAAAUUGAAAACAACACUGCCAGUAUUGAUGCUUUGCUUAAAACUAAUUUGAAUGAUAAACAAUCAACAUUGAAUUCUCUUGAAUCAAUUUUGAAAUUAGAAGGAAAGGAUAACGAAUUUGCAAAAGUAUCAGGUAUUAUUGAUUCCAUUAUUGAACUUGACAAUAAACGUUACAAUGAAACUGAUAAACCUUCCUUCAUUACUAGAUAUUGGGUAGUGUUUGCUAUUCUUUUAAGAUAUGGCCCAUUUGAACUUUUAAAUGCCUAUAAUAACCGAUUGGAAAUAAUGGAUUGGAUAAAUGAAAAUGGUAUCCAACCAAUUAUUGGAUUUUUCAAGAAUUGGGUGAUUAAACCAAUGACAGAACUUGUAAACAUUCUUAAACGAGAUGACGAAAUAACAAUCACUACAAAAGAUAGUUUAAAAUCGGACUUCAGCUCCCUUGAAAGAAUGAUUGUGGAAUUUGCCCAGGAUAACAAGCUUGAUACAACUCCAGAAAUUAUCAAACAAGAUGUUGCGAAUGGUGAUUUAAGUCUUAUUAUGACAAGAUAUGAGAAUGAAAUCAGAAACCCAAUAAGAUAUACUUUGUCGGGAUCAUUGCUUAGAUUAUUACUUAUUCAAAUCCAAAAGGGUAAAGUUGACGGAGGGGUAGCUGUGAAUGGAAUUGACAAGGUAUUGAAAUCACAACAAUUGGUGUUUGGUUUUGUUUCAAUGAGUCCUUCAUUAUUUAUCUUGUAUCAAUUAUACAAGUAUAUUACAAGUCCUGUACCAAUUACAGUCAAUGGAAAACAAUUGAACAUUGUUUGUUUGAAAUCGUUGAAUAAUAUUGAGAAUUUGUUGGUGUUGUUAAGUCAAAGUGAUGGAAAAGACCAAUUUGAAGGAGAGUUAUUGAUUGAAAUUAUUAAUUUAAUUGUCAGUUCUGAUUUAAUAAUCCCCAAACAAUUACACGAAGAUUGGGUUCGUGAUUUGAAUGAAUUGAAUAAUAUUGAUUUUGACAUAGCUACAAAAUUAAAUCUUGUUCAUAAGAUAUGGAAUAUGUAUGGACCUUAUUUCAGAUGA